ACCCGAGGGCGGGGCGGGAUUCGGGACCCGUCGCUAGGCCCCAGCUGCACUAGGACUUGACAAGCCCGAGCGGAGUCUUUGCGCCCCUUCCCCCCUGUGCUUUUCCGAGGCCUCCGUAGGCCCCGCGCGUGUCCCUGGAAGGCGGAAACGGCUGCGGGGACCGUCUCCUUUGAAGGGGCCUACUCCUCGCCGCCAUGUCCGGGGGCUUUGAGCUGCAGCCUCAGGACGGCGGCCCCCGGGUGGCCCUGGCGCCCGGGGAGACGGUGAUCGGCCGCGGGCCGCUGCUGGGAAUAACAGACAAGAGAGUAUCCAGAAAACAUGCCAUUCUUGAGGUGGUGGGUGGUCAACUUCGAAUCAAACCGAUACACACAAAUCCAUGUUUUUAUCAGUCUUCUGAGAAGAACCAGCUUUUACCGUUGAAGACAAAUGUAUGGCAUUGGUUGAAUCCUGGAGAUAGUUUUUCUUUGUUAGUUGACAAAUACAUUUUCCGUGUUUUCUCUACGUAUUCUGAAAUGGAAUUGGAAUGUACUUUAAGAAAUAGUCAAAUGUUUGAUGAAGAUGACAUACUGAAUAGGACACCAAAAUCUUCCUUGGCUAAUUUGCCUGACGAGGCAACUGGUGCCCCACAGCUGGAAAGAAGCACAGAAAUAGCGACGGCCCAGACUUCUACCUCAAAUAGUGUGUCUUUCCUAGGUGAAUGUACAGACUUCAGUAAGCAGCAGUCCAACACUGCUGAGAGGAAAAGAAUCCUUCCAGCGUGGAUGUUAAGAGGAAAUCUUAGCGAUCGAAACCUUUCAGCACCAGUCAUCAGUGGAAAUACAGUAACCCAGGAAAGUCCAGAAGAAGGAACCUGCAAAGAUAAAACCCAAGUAAACAUAACACACCAAGGAAGAAAGCGAUUGAUUUCACCGGGAAGCUCAGAAAGUACAUCACCAGUGCAAGACACAGGAAAAAAGUGCAAAAAUGCUGAUCAGGAAAAAUCUAUCAUUUCACCCAAGGAAGUGCCACAAUCAUAUUCUGCAUUUACAUUAAGUAACACAAAGGUGACUAAUAUUAAAACUAAUACGCAGAGAAACGAAAUCCCAAUAGAGGAACUCGGUAAAUUUUCUGAACUUCAAACCAUCGCUAAAGGAACUCCAAAUAAAGAAGAGGCAGUGAGCCAUUCUGAGAGUUGUUCAAGCGCCCAAGGCAAAUCCUUCCAUGAUAAGUCUCAGGGGUCUCAACCUGAGUCCAGUUCUGCUCCCUCCAGUCCUGGAACUUUGCAUGCAAAGGCCACUCAUUCAGUUCUACAAGGUUCUGAAGAAAAGGUUAAGAGGACAUCCUGCAUGUAUGGGGCAAACUGCUACAGGAAGAAUCCUGUCCAUUUUCAACAUUUCAGUCACCCUGGUGAUAGUGAUUAUGGAGGCGUACAAGUUAUGUGUCAAGAUGAGGCUGAUGACCGGCCUGAAUGUCCUUAUGGAUCAUCUUGUUAUAGGAAGAAUCCCCAGCACAAGAUAGAAUAUAGACACAGUACACUUCCGGUGAGAAGCACUUUAGAUGAAGACGGUGAUAACAUUGAGCAACCCAGUGAGCAUGACGUGAAUGACAGCUCUCUAGAUGAUGAGGAAGAAGAAUAUGAGCCAACAGAUGAAGAUUCCGACUGGGAACCUGGAAAGGAGGACCAAGAGCAGGAAGAUAUGGAAGAGCUUGUGAAAGAAGCAAAAAAGUUUAUGAAAAGAAAAAAGUAACCAUUUUUUUCCUGCAAUAAUAUGUGGCUCACAUUUACUCUUUCUUUAUGGAAAAAAAUUGUGUGAUGGUUAUAAGUAAAAAGCCAUAGGUUGCAUAAAACUUUGGUCUUUUUUUUUUUUUCAUUUUUCCAAAGAUUCUGUCUUUACAGAAUACUAGGCAAGUAUAACCAGGUAAAUUAUGUCAUGGGUAGAAAAGCAUACCUCUUCAUUGCUAUUGAAGUAAUUCUUCAAGCAGAAUCAGGCUUUAAAAAAUGAUAGCUAUCAUAUAAUAGCUAUUAUUUUUCUAGUACCCUAGAUGUAAGCUUUACAAUUUUAUUACAUUUAUUCUUUGAAACUUGGAGAAAUUAGUUCCAAGGGGAUACUGAAUAUAGGUUCAAUAAGACUGCAGAAGAGAAAUGUUCACCACGCAGGGAAUGUUAUUUUGUGACCCACGUCUGUAAUUUACUGGAUGUCUGAGAUUAAGGGCAGAAAAACUGAAAGAAUUUAACAGUUUCUUUUUCAAAGGUAAGUCCUCCCUGAUUAUUUUAACUCUCAAUGUGUUGUCUUUACAUUAGGAAUAAAUGAUUUUUAACCAUAA